UGCGCUUCAGGUCGGAAGCGGUGUGCGAUCAUGGCCGAGCGAGUCCAGCAGCCCCCAGCCAAGCGGCUCUGCUGCCGGCCCGGUUACAACCCGGCGUGCAGGCAGGGGCAGCGGGCUGGAGGAGUCCUGUGUGGCGGCGCGGGGUCCGCGGCGGGCGGGUCGGGGAAAACGCACAGCCCGGAGUCGCUGCUCGACAUCGCGGCGCGCCGGGUCGCGGAGAAGUGGCCCUUCCAGCGGGUGGAGGAGCGCUUCGAGAGGAUCCCGGAGCCCGUCCAGCGGAGGAUCGUGUACUGGUCGUUCCCGAGGAGCGAGAAGGAGAUCUGCAUGUACUCCUCUUUCAACGCCGGGGGAGAGGAGAGUGGGACUAGCGGGGACAGUAGCGACGAGACCCAGCUGCCCUUCCUGCGGGGUGUCACCCUGCUGGAGGGCGGCUGGGUGGACAACGUGCUGCAAGUGGGAGCUCCGGACCCCACGGCAGGGGCCAGUGUGGAUGAUGAGAACUGCUGGCACUUGGACGAGGAGCAGGUUCAGGGAACAAGUGAAGCUCUUCCUGUCCCAGUAAGGGAGAUGUUGAAGAUGCGUGACUCUAACGGAGCGAGGAUGUUAACACUGAUCACAGAACAGUUCAUGGCCGACCCUCGGCUUGCGCUGUGGAGACAGCAAGGCACCACCAUGACCGACAAGUACAGACAGCUCUGGGAUGAGCUGGGGGCGCUGUGGAUGUGCAUCGUACUAAACCCCCAUUGCAAGCCGGAGCAGAAGUCCUCUUGGCUGCGCCAGCUGCGCAGGUGGAACAGCGUGGACGUGUGUCCUUGGGAGGACGGUAACCAUGGCAACGAGCUGCCCAACCUUACCCACUCACUGCCUCAGGGUGCCCAUGCCAACCAAGAGUUGCGCCCCCACAGGACAGUGUUCACACGGGCCAUUGAGGCCUGUGACCUUCACUGGCAGGAUCGACACCUGCAGCACAUUAUCGCCAGUGACCUUUACGCCAACUACUGUUACCAUGACAACCAGGACGGCUCCCUCUUCGACUCGCGAGGCUGGCCCAUGUGGCACGAGCAUGUCCCAACAGCCUGCGCUAGGGUGGAUGCUCUGCGUUCCCAUGGUUACCCCAGAGAGGCACUCCGAUUGGCCAUUGCCGUGGUAAAUACAUUACGGCGGCAACAGCAGAGGCAGCUGGAGCAUUUUCGCCGACACAAGAAAGAGCUUCUCCAUAAAGGUCACACUUCCACUACCAACAUGGAGGGCUGGGUUGGACAUCCUUUGGACCCCAUUGGUACCCUGUUCAGCACCCUUACAGAAUCAGGCAGGGCAGGUGAGGAGGGCCCAAACACCUGCUUAGACCUCUCAGACUGCUCCAGUGUUGUGAGCCGUGCAGAUCUCCAACGUUUGCCCGUGCAGAGAUUGCUUGGAGAUGGGGAAUCGUAUGUGGCGCUGGCUGUGGAGACAGCUCUCAUUGGCUUAGGCCAGCAGAGGGUGAUGCCUGAUGGGCUGUAUGCCCAAGAAAAGGUGUGUCGCAACGAAGAGCAGCUACUGGCCAAGCUGCAGGAAGUGGAACUGGACGACUCUUUGGUCAAAAUCUUCCGUAAACAAGCCGUCUUUCUGUUGGAGGGUGGUCCAUACUCUGGUCUAGGAGAGAUUGUCCAUAGAGAGAGUGUUCCCAUGCACACCUUCGCCCGCUAUCUGUUCACCUCUCUACUACCUCAUGACGCUGAACUGGCGUACAAGAUUGCACUGAGAGCCAUGCGGUUGCCUGUGUUGGAGUCGACGGCCUCAACCGGGGACCUGUCACGACCCCACCACAUCGUGUCGGUGGUGCCCAACCGCUACCCGCGCUGGUUCACCCUCAGCCACAUAGAGUCACAACAGUGUGAGCUGGCCUCUACCAUGCUCACUGCUGCCAAAGGUGAUAGUCGCAGGCUAGAGACGGUCCUGGAGUCCAUUCAAAAGAACAUUCACUCCUCGUCUCACAUCUUCAAACUGGCACAGGAUGCCUUCAAAAUUGCCACUCUGAUGGACAGCCUGCCUGACAUCACACUACUCAAAGUCUCCUUGGAGCUGGGACUGCAGGUGAUGAGGAUAACACUGUCCACGUUAAACUGGAGGAGGAGAGAGAUGGUGCGCUGGUUAGUCACAUGUGCCACUGAAGUGGGCGUGUACGCAUUGGACAGCAUCAUGCAGAGCUGGUUCACCCUUUUCACCCCAACGGAGGCCACCAGCAUCGUGGCCACCACCGUCAUGUCCAACAGUACCAUCGUCCGCCUGCACCUCGACUGCCACCAGCAGGAAAACCUGGCCUCCUCCGCCAGAACCCUCGCCCUGCAGUGUGCCAUGAAGGACCCCCAGAACUGUGCCCUCUCCGCCCUGACACUUUGCGAGAAAGACCACAUCGCCUUCGAGACGGCUUACCAGAUUGUAUUGGAUGCAGCGGCGACCGGGAUGAGCUACACACAGCUGUUUACUAUAGCGCGCUACAUGGAGCAUCGUGGCUACCCCAUGCGAGCAUACAAGCUGGCAACGUUAGCUAUGGCUCACCUGAACCUCAGUUACAACCAGGACACGCACCCCGCCAUCAACGAUGUGCUGUGGGCCUGCGCGCUAAGCCACUCGCUGGGGAAGAACGAGCUGGCCGCCGUCAUCCCCCUAGUCGUGAAGAGCGUGAAGUGCGCCACCGUGCUGUCGGACAUUCUGCGCAGGUGCACGCUGACAACGCCGGGCAUGGUGUCGGCCCUGCACAGCCGCAGGAACUCUGGGAAGUUGAUGUCUCUGGACAAGGCGCCGCUAAGGCAGCUGCUGGACGCCACCAUCGGAGCCUACAUUAACACCACGCACUCGCGGCUCACGCACAUCAGCCCGCGUCACUACAGCGAGUUCAUCGAGUUCCUGGGGAAGGCCCGGGAAACGUUCAUGAUGGCCCACGACGGGCACAUCCAGUUCACCCAGUUCAUAGACAACCUGAAACAGAUCUACAAGGGCAAAAAGAAACUCAUGAUGCUGGUGAGGGAAAGGUUUGGCUGAGGAUCGAUCGGUCGGGGGGGGGGUUGCCCACAGCUCCCUCCUUCUCUAGUACUUUUCUAUUAACUUGAGUCUGCCUUUUGAACUUCUUCGGACUUAUAAAAUAAACCAAGUGAAAAGAGGGACGUGACUUGUAGGGUGGAGGAAAAAAAAAGGAAAAAAAAGGAAAAAAAAGAAAGAAAGGAAAAGACGGAAAAAAAACAGAGCCACACACGGUAUUAUUGUUCUUGCUGUUGUUAUUGUUAUAAACAUUAUUCCUAUUAUUAUUAUUAUUAUUAUUAUGAUUAUUAUUAAUUAUUAUUACUACUACGUGUACAAGAGUGUUUUAUUUUUCAGAAGAGAGGAAAUUUGUCAUGUUGUGAAUGUUGCGUGUAUUUCUCUACAUGUGUGCAAGAGGAAAAAGGAAAAAGUGA